AUGACAUAAAUGUCAUAACAUUCCCGAGAGACGAGAAUCGCAUGUUGUAUUUGUUGUUAAAUCAAAGUAGUGUCUUGAAUAAAUAAUUUCCGAUCCCCACCACGGAAUCCAGCUUUCACCAUGGGUACGGCGAUGUUCGCGCGCGUUACGUUCUAUCCCUCAUUACUUUACAAUGUUUUAAUGGAAAAGGUGACUAGUAGACGAUGGUACGAUCGAAUAGAUGACCAUGUUAUCCUUGGAGCUCUUCCUUUCCAGGGAAUGACAAAGCAGUUAAUUGAAGAGGAAAACAUUAAAGGUGUUGUUUCAAUGAAUGAGACAUAUGAAUUGAAGAUUUUUUCAAAUGACGCUGGGAGAUGGCGUGAACAUGGUGUACAAUUUCUCCAAUUAGCCACAACAGAUAUCUUUGAAGCACCAGAUCAGGAUAAAUUAUAUGAAGGAGUCAGAUUUAUUAAUAGAUUUCUUCCAAGUAGUAAUAAGCUGUCCGGAUUACCUCUAGAUGACAAACAAACAAACAGUGGUACUGUAUAUGUACAUUGUAAAGCAGGAAGAACUCGAAGUGCUACUCUGGUUGGCUGUUAUCUUAUGAUGAAGAAUGGUUGGACCCCAAACGAGGCAGUUGAAUAUAUGCGGUCUAGAAGACCCCACAUACUUCUCCAUACGAAGCAGUGGCAAGCUCUAGAUAUAUUCCAUCAGAGACAUAUUAAAUCGUGAUAAAAUAAAUUGUUUUUAGCA